AGUAAACACGUUGUUUACAGAAAGCUAAAUAUAUCUAUCACACUAAAUUAAGCUUUCGUUAGCUUGAUAUAAAUUAUUGACUUUUCUUCGAGCUUAACUGUAAAUUCUCUUACUUUACACAGUAACGUAACGGUAUUAACAGGUGCCAAAACACUUGAUUAAGUUUUAAUGCAACGCCUAUUGAACUCUGCAAACCUAUGUAUGAGAAAAAUCAAUAUGGAGUAAAUAAAAAGGUUACAUGAAUAAAAUACAAUUUGUGCAUAUUAAGGAAGUUGUAAAUUCUUUUAUUGAGAAGUGACGUAUCCAAAAUGUACGGAAUGACUCAACCAACAGUAAACAAUCAACGCUUUCGGGUUCGUGAUAUUGAUAACGAGCAAAUCAUGUCCACUUUUGGCAACAUAGGACACCUGCUAAACAUAGCUGUCGAACGAUUUAUAACAAUAGGAGAAAUAAUUGCAGAGGAGAACAUCGAUAUAAAGGGGGACAUGUACGAGGCUGCCAAGGAAGCAAGAGACGCAGGAAAAUCCAUUGAACGGCUGUGUGAAAUAUCCCCGUUGAGUGGUAUGGAGCUUCGGCAUAAUAUUGAGCCGUUGAAGGACUAUGGUGCAAUAAUCUUGGCUGCCAGGUCUCUGCUUUCCUCGGUUACACGAAUACUGCUUCUCGUGGACAUUAUAGUUGUGAAAAAAUUAUUAACUGCUAAGAAACGAGCCUCGGAGAGCCUGGAGAAGCUCGAGUCUGUGAUGAACUUCACCGAAUUUGUGCGUGCUUUUUCUGUCUUUGGCACAGAAAUGAUCGAAUUAGCCUACCUCACGGGCCACCAUCGCAACUCGUUUAAAGAGGAGCGGCGGCGAGCUCAAAUGUUUUCUGCCCGUCAAAUUCUGGAAAAGUCCAUCGCAAUUUUACUAACUUCAUCGAAAAAUAGCCUAAUACACAGUGACUGUGUUAUAGUAAAGGAGAACCGGGAUACCGUGUUCUGCCAGAUACGAAGAGCCAUGGACCUGAUACACUUUGUGGUCAAGGACAGCAUCUUCGAUUCGGCGAAACAUAUGCCCUACGACAAGCAAGCCAGCAACCCACAUUACGAGAAUGAGAGCAUAUACACGACAAUAAAGCGCAUUGUAAACCUGAUAAAAAGAUACAAAUUCCAAAUGAGCUACUAUGACAGCAACACUGAGGGAAAUAAUAAUUCCGAUUCAUACUUUAAUUUCCUUGACGAUGAUCUUUGGAAGUCGGAAAAGAACGUAGCCCCAUCCGGUGUUGGCGGUGGUGGUUCUGGUCGAAUGAUCAAUAACACUAACUUUAGAAAGCAUUUAAAUUCAGAAAGCAUGGACUUGCGCGAAGAGCUUACCCUGGCGUUUGAGAAGUUGUUCGAGAAAGCCCAUGACUUCACAGACUCCCCGUAUAUAAGUCACAAUCAUCGAAAGAACAUUUUAACCUACUGCGAUAACUGCAAGCUGGAGUUUGACAUGUAUGUCAACACCAUAAUGAAAGACCAGCACGAAAAUGUUGGAGUUCAGGUGAAAGGUCGGGAGCCGGAGCUAGGCAUGCUGAGGAGCUUGGAGGAGCUGUGCAAGCAGCUCGUUAUGUCUGUCUCCAGCCAGAUUGGGGACUUCAAUGAAUCACUCAAGAUCUGCUCGAAGCUGGUCAAAUCUUUCCAUGUGCUGGCCACGGCCUAUGACAUCGAUAAUCUAAACCAACGUUCUACAAAAUUCCACGACUGCUGCGAUCAUAUAUUCGAUAUUUGCAAGCUGUUGCAGCAUAUAGCACCUACAGAAAGACUGCAGGUUCAGGCCAAAUGCUUGGCUAUCAAUUUACGGAUCUAUGGGCCGCAGGUGUUUAUUGCCGCCAAAAUUCUUUGGAAAUAUUCAAACAGCAGUGCGGCAAAUGAAAAUUUUGAAUCAUUCUCAGACAUGUGGAAGUGGCUGACCAAUGAGAUCUCAAUGAUCGCAAAGAAGAUUCUUGUAUCAAUUAAUCCAACAAAGAGUGAAAGAGAAACUGAAACUGAGAAAUGUGAAGGAACAGAUAAACUAUCAAAAUCCGGUGUACCUGCAUCAGAUGAUGGAGAAAUGGUCGAGUUUUCGGGCCUCGAAGGCAAAAAUAAUGGAGAUCUAAGCACAUAUCAAUCAAAAUGGAGUGAAGACUUGUCAGACGACAACGACAUAUUAAAGAGAGCCAAGAACAUGUCAGCUAUGGCUUUCCUCAUGUAUCAAUUUACGAAAGGAAAUGGUUCUUUAAGAACAACUCAGGAUUUGUUUACUCAAGCCGAAUAUUUUGCUGAAGAAGCCAAUCGACUUUAUAAAGUCCUACGUCACUUUUCAUACCAGGUUCCCGCUAGUGACAAUAAAAAGGAUCUUCUUAACAUUUUAGAUAGAGUGCCGACUUUUGUCCAAGCUCUGCAAUUUACAGUCAAAGAUCACACUGUUGGAAAAGCAGCCACCUUUGUUAAAGUCGAUCAUGUCAUCAGAGAAACGAAGAACCUUAUGAACGUUAUUAAUAAAGUAGUAUCGAAGUGCUUUGAGUGCGCAAAUAAGUACAAACUAAAUUUAACUGGAAUAACUGGUGGACUCACAUCCGGGGCUGUGGGCGGCGAGAAUAUGGCCGGUGGAAUGUGUGACUCCAAAGGAACGACCAGUAGCAGCGAGGGGAGCAUGUGACAUUACGGGAUGGCUCGCAGAGCCAAGGGAGACGCUAGAAGGACGAGAGUAUCAUUUUUACUGUUCUGAGCCAGAGCAGCUUAUUAAAUUCAUUAUAUUAUAGUGUACACUGUUAGGUAUUUGAAAAUCAUACAAUUUUGUGUAUUUGUUGGAAAUGCUUUUAGCGUUUAUUGAUGUCAAACUUUUAUUAAUCAUUCAAAUUCAAAUUAGUUACUUCAAACAGCACGAUCUUAAAAUGCAUAUUUUGUUUCACAACAUUUGAAAAAUUAAGGCAAUAAAAGUAAUGACAGAUGCGUAUAUGUAUGUA